CGCCGGCCAACUCUAUCCUCAGGGGAGCAGGUCUGUUUUCUGACCUGCCAGGCUGCCACCCUGCCCGUGGCAACCUUGAUAAAUUAAUCACCCAGGCACCUAGGGGAGCGGGCAAACAGGCGCGCAGCUGAGUGCUGAGCCGCUUCCGCUCCCGCGCAAACCACCGUCAAGGUUUCUGCCGCCAUGACGCCCGCCCCUCGCUCGAUCCAGAGGGUCCGUCCUUGACUCCUUGGCCAGCCAACUUCCUGCCCUUCCAAAGCCACCCUGGGCAGGGUUGUCCUUCCGGGGGCAACAACUCCUCGCAAGAGAGGCAGCGACGUGCGAGGCGCGAGGCGGCGAGGCGGCGAGGUCAGACGUCAGAGCCCUCGGACUCAUCAAACCUACUAGGCCUGCCAUGAUACAUUCUUGGUUGCCAAAUGCAAGAAAUCCUCUGCACAAUACGUAAAUGCUGCUCGAGGAACGGCCAGUUCGAGAUACAUCUCCGUUCAGAGACACGUCGCAUCAACCCGCCCCGCCAAUCUUUUCCCCAACAGAGGAACGACUGGGGCCGUUAGCCCACUAUGUCAUACCUGCCAGGCGAGAGCUAAGAGCAAGAUCGCCGUAACGGUGGACGGGGUCGAGCUAGGCUCAAACUGUCCUAAUCCCGGCCGAUCAGAUCCUCCUCCUCCAGCAACCUGGGCAGUCAGGCAGCCUGGCAAGCGUGGCAGCCAACAGUAGGCAGCCAGCGCUUGCCAGCGCCCCUCCAACGAAAGCAUCAACGGCGCAUCUCGGGUGCAAACACUGCGAGGCCACGCUGCUGACGAGUCCGGUGUCGAUAGGCUGUGGCGCUCUCGCUGCUCCAGCCCGGGGGAGGGUGACGCCUGCGUGGGGACGGACUGACCACCAUUUGGCAUCAACACCAACAGCCGAUGGUUGCGCGCGACAAGCCGACCUGCAGCACGCUUCGGUGGAGCAUCCACGUAUCUUUCAACUGCAUUGCAUUGCAUGCUCUUGCCACGACUUGGUUGCAGCUAUCGUUUUACCCGGGGCACUCGAGCGAGGAUUGCUGAGACCAGGACUCCUUGGGCUUUCACUCCCUACUGUGACCCUCCGCUCGAUAGCACGACACUUGGUCGGUUGCUGCUCCGAACCAAUGUCAGACGGUAGCGCACGCCCAACGCCCCGGCUCGUCUGCUCGUCUGGAUACCAAUGACCCUACGCUACGACUAGCACCAAGCGCUGUUCAAUUAGGCCUGCCGUGGUCUAGCUUUCCCGCCAAGGGCUGGCCGUUGGACUCCGGUCGCCAUGCUGCCAUUGGGAUCUUAGUUAUUAGCCCCAGGCCGAGCGUCGUGUGGGGAGGAAAACCUCGUGAUACCACACCUGAGGUUUUAGCAGCAGCCCGAUUCAUGCACUUGCUCAAGUCGCUGCUAAGCUUUCCCUCGUCAAUUGGGCUGCAGCAACCAAAGGAGGGCUCGUGACCCGAGACUUUUUGUCAAGAGCUCUGCGGGGAGACGGGAGACGCCAGAUGAACCGUUGCUCGCCAGCAGAUCGGCCGCAAUUUGAUCAGAGUUCCUGCAGAGAUGCUGACCAUGAUUCGCGUGGCGAUCGCGACUUCACAGUCAGCCAAUCCAGUCCCUUGUCUUGUCCAUCGAGUCUGGCCUCACUUCCAGACGCUACCUACAUCGCAAGGGCCGGCAGGCCGGCAGGCUGGGAGGGGGGGGCCGGAUCGAUUCAAACAUCGUCAUUCGAGGUCGGUGACGAGCUGGGCGGGCUGGUUGUUUCAAGCCAAUAUCAGUCCAAUCAAGCCCAUCUCGGCACACCCCUUCCCAAUAGUCAUUCUUCACAUUGGGGAGGGGACGUCGCUCGAAUUCUAUUCUUGCAUCCAAUCUCAAGGGUCCCAAGCGGGCAUUUCUUCCCUCCGAGUUUCACUUCUCCAAAUGAACCCCUGUAGCGUCGGCAGAGGCUAUUUUCUGCAAGCUCUCGAGACCACCCGACCUGCCUGGCAGCCUGGGCAGCUGGAUGCACGGCGCCGCCCUGUUCUGCCUGUGAGCACUACGGAGUGCAUGGCCUUGUCGGUUCGGCCGCCUGUGGCUGACGGGAAUAUGUAUCUGGCUCGCGUGGUAGCUCGAUAGCAUGGAGUUAAGAUCACCCGCGAUGGACAGAUCGUCUUGCCCUUUUGGAUCUUGGUCGGCGGAUCUUGCAGAACGCCACUGGCUGCAAUUGUGGCUUACCCCAUAUCGCCAACGACGCCUGCAGCAUUUACUCAACUACCCAGACUACCUCAGCACCAUUGCAGGCGAGGCUUUCUACAAAGUUUGGCUGCCAGGAACUGCGAAGGCAGACAGACUAUCGCUCAGCAGGAAAAGUUCCGGGAUGUGGGCGGUCUUGAGGCCCUGCCGACCUAUCAGCCCACCCAACCUGGAUCAUUGGCGGGCCAGCAUGCUCGGAGCGGUCUGGUUUUAGGCCUGCUAUUUUCACCCGACAUUGGUAAGACCAUCUCUGAAGCUCUGAAGGGGAGCAGAUGGUCCAAGGGCGGCAUUCCGUUGGCACUGCUCUGGUCUGUCAGUCGUCAGUUUGCGUACCAUAGCAACCUAUACCUAGAGGGCAGAUGCAACCGAUGCUCAAUGGUGCAAUUGUGAUUGCCCGCGGGACUCGAAUGCCGAAACGUGCUCGCGAUGCCUGUGGGCCCCACUGUUCCCGCGAUCGGCAGAAGCCAGAAAGCUCCGAACCUUGGAAGUGGGACGGGCAGGCCGGGCUAGAACACGCCGGGGCCUAUUGCGCCCAGAAUUUGAGGUCGCAACAAGGCAGAGCACGCGCCGACUCGGGAACUCACGGCGGGCUCUCUCAGCACGGCCGGACGUACUGCCCAUGAAAACUACCCUCGGGCAACAAAUUUGGAGCAAAGGACCACUGGACCUCCACGUUGAAACGAGCGGGGCGGAACUUUGCUGGGCCACCAACUCGUCCCGUGCGCUCUGUCGCCCUUCACAAUUCAUUCUGCCGUGAUCCGGAUCUACUCUUAAGCGCAGCUGUGUUGCAAGGCAACGAGUACGUACGCGGCAGAUAUGUUGUACAUUGUCCGGGAUGCUUGCAGUGGACCCGCGGGAGGAGAUGUUAGACUUCGUAUAUCUGUAGAUCUCGGACCUUUUACCUCUUACAACUCGGCAUCUCCAUAGGUAAUAAAAGUUUCAACUUUGAGCCCCGCCCGUAACCUCCGCCCAGAACCUCCGCCCAGAACCUCCGCCCGCGCGUUUGUCAACCGAAACAGAAAAAUGUUUUUCCCUCCCGCCGCUGGGCUGGAGGCGCUUGAUUUCAAAGCAAGGGGGGUCUGGCUGGUGGGCUCCGGAAUUCCCGCGGCAAGACGCCGCAGCGGAAGGUCGAGAUAUCUAUGGCGGGCCAUCGCGACAUUUUGGCCGUAUGCCUCGGCCAAGUCCGAGUCAUCGCCCCGGCUGUGUCCGGCGCCCCGGCCAUCGCGGCCUGAGGACUUGGCAAAGUGCAUGAAUUUAAUGCGCCGGAGAGGACCAUCACCAGACAGUCCGGUUUUCCAGGAGAUCCGAGGGCAUGGCUACGCCAUCUCUGUCAUGGUUGACGACAACGCGAAGGUGUCGCCCCACAACCGUUGCCAUGAAUGGAAAUGAAGAAAGAAUAAUUUUUUUUUUUAAAAAAAAAAAACCCCAAAAAAAAACACCGGGAAACCCCGAAACAAACCUCCCAAAGCACAGAACCUGGGGGGGUUCGGACUGCCGACGCUCACGGGGCGUAGAUACGUGUCUACCAUCGCUGCCAGGGGGAUACUCGGUUUAAGGCGCGUGGUCAGGAUUGGAGGUGGUUCUGCCACGGGCUCCCCGUCGUGAUGCCCAUACUGCAAGAGUCGAGAGUUCGAGAAAAACGAAUCCGCAAGGCCUUACUCUCCUUGGGGACUUUCCUGAACUUGACACGCUGGUACCGACGUACCUGUGCCACCACGCGUUCUAAAUGGCGACAAUAUUCGGGCUGAAAAGGAGUCGGUCCACCUCUGUAACCGAUCUGUCGGCUGCCGCUGAGGAAUUUGUGUGCAAUAUGCUGUAGCAGCAUCGAACACCAGCCCGUGUGUCUAGGCAAGAAAGGAAACGGCCAGACAGCGACGACAAUUGGCCAAGGACGUCAGGUCUUGCGUGAGCAUGCGCGGCGAGACCCCACGUGCUGGUGUACGCAUCUUGCGUGCCCUGUGUUUCUACCUUCACGACUUCGUCGUGAGGACUGUGGGACUCAAAAUGCGUAGUGAUACGCUUGCUUAUUACGGCCAAGUGUCUAGACGCAGCAUUAGUGAUUUGUAGCAUUCCAAGCAGGGUUCACGACUAGCUGCAGGAAGAAUGGCACCCCGCUUUGCAGGAGAAAGGCUGACGGCGUGCUUGAGCAAUUUCAUAGAAAUGUCGAUCCAUUUGAAUCCGAGGCCAUGAACAAACAAGGCGGUUGCAAGUGUGAACUAGAUUCGCAGGCAUCACGUGUAACGAGGACAGUCACUGGAGUGAACUAGACCGGGAAGACGACCCGGUACGGCCUGGAAAUAGAGGACGGGGAACAGAAAGCCAGGCUUUUUUUGAAUUGCCGCGCUCACCUGAGCAACGUGGAGAGGAUGCCGGAAAGACCUGUCCUCAUUGUCGGUGCAGGAAUUGUGGGACUGAGUCUUGCCAAUGGCCUUAGAAAGAAGAACAUUCCCUUUCAGGUCUUCGAACGUGAUGACAACAUUGCCACUAGGGACCAAGGUUGGGCCAUCACUAUCCACUGGGCUCUAGGAUUUCUGAGAUCUCUCUUGUCAGAGAAGGCCUUCAAUGGUAUCGAAGACACCCAAGUCGACCCCGAAGUUGGUCGCAACGACACGGGAAACUUUUUAUUCAUCGACCUCGCUUCACUCGAGACCAAGUUCCGCAUCCCACCCAAUGACCGGCGCCGAGUGAACCGAGACAAGAUCAGGAAGUUGCUGCUGAAAGAAGUCAGUGAAGAGGUUCACUGGAACAAACGCUUCGUCGGCAUUGAGGAAAUUGAGGGCGGCGGGGUCGUUGCGGUCUUCGAAGAUGGCUCAAGAGUGGAAGGCUCCGUCAUUGUUGGCGCUGAGGGAUCCAACUCGCGGACGCGACAGCUCGUCGCUCCGGAGACAUACAGAAACACCCAGCUUCCUGUGCGGCUCACCGGAACGGCUGUCGACUUCAAGCCAGAGCAGGUCAAGCCGCUGCGGGACUUGGACCCCCUCUUAUUCCAGGGAUGUCAUCCCAGCAGCUCGACGUUUCUCUGGGUUAGCAUGAUCGAUACACCGGAAAGUAAUGGUACUCAAGGGACGGACGAUGAGCGGUAUCGUGUUCAGAUCCUCAUGUCCUGGCCUUACAAGUCACCGGAGGAUGAGGUGAAGCACACGCAGGCCGAACGUCUUAAGGAGAUGAAGCGGCGGGCGGAAGUAUUUCACGAGAACCUGCGAGGCACCAUACAGUCUAUGCCCGAGGACACCAACUGUGUCGAGAUCGUGCUACAGGACUGGCCGUGCCUGGACUGGGAUAAUCAUGGUGGCAGGGUCACGUUAGCUGGGGACGCAGCUCAUGCAAUGACGAUGUAUAGGGGAGAGGCGGCCAACCACGGCAUACUCGAUGCUCUCAGGCUCUGUGAAGCUCUCGAAGCCGUGUAUACGGGCGCCCAAGGCAUGGAAGACGCCAUCCUCGAGUUCGAGAAAGAGCUCCGGGGCAGGGCGAUUCCUGCGGUGCUUCUCAGCCGUCAGGCAUGCUUGGACGCACACGAUCUGGCGGGCCUGAACGAGCAUUCGGCGGUGCUGAAGAGGAGAGCGAUCAAUUAGAUAAGCUCUCAGAGCCCAGGGUGGUAAAUAGAUGCACUGUGUCUCUUUAUGGAAAUCGUGGGUACGAUAUAUUUUAAUUGUGUAGACUUGGUUUGCACCACUUA